GAGGAGGUGGGGACCGCGCGCCGCCGCGGGGCAGAGGGCGGGGCUGGGGAGGGGACGCGCCGUGGCCCCCCCUCCCCUCCCACGCACCCCCCUGCUACGUCAGAAGCUCGCGGGCCGGCUCCGAGUCCUGUCGGUGGGGGCAGCAGGAUGCUGGUGGAAGCAGAGGGGGCCGGCCGGGUGCCUCCGCAGCUCGGCUGGCAGGGCCCCGCGGGACGCGUGCGGCUGCGAGCGCGAGGCCCCCCGCCCCCGCCUCCCCAUGCAGCCCUGGCAGUGCCUCCGGCGUUUUGCCCUGGCCUGGUGGGAGAGGACCGCCGAGGGCCGCGCCCGAUCGCCCCGGGAGGAGGCCGGACCGCGGGAGCCCGGGGCCCGUGGGGAGCCAGGGCUGCAGCGUGCGGCGGGAGGGAAGCCUGCUGGACUGUGUUCCCUCUGUUUAAAGUCUCCAGAUCCGGAGCGGAGCAGCCCCCCCAUGCUGUCUGCUGACGAUGCGGAGUACCCGCGGGAGUACCGGACCCUGGGGGGUGGGGGCGGGAGCGGCGGGGGCCGGCGCUUCUCCAACGUGGGGCUGGUGCACACGUCGGAGCGGCGCCACACGGUGAUUGCGGCGCAGAGCCUCGAGGCGCUCAGCGGGCUGCAGAAGGCCGACGCCGAGCGCAAGCGCGAUGCCUUCAUGGACCACCUGAAGAGCAAGUACCCGCAGCACGCCCUGGCGCUGCGGGGUCAGCAGGACAGGAUGCGGGAGCAGCCAAACUACUGGAGUUUUAAGACCCGCAGCUCACGCCACACUCAGGGAGCCCAGCCCGGGCUGGCAGAUCAGGCAGCCAAGCUGUCUUACGCCUCGGCUGAGUCGCUGGAGACCAUGUCUGAGGCUGAGCUGCCCCUGGGCUUCAGUAGGAUGAACCGCUUCCGACAGAGCCUGCCCCUCUCCCGCUCCGCCAGCCAGACCAAGCUGCGCUCGCCAGGGGUGCUGUUCCUCCAGUUCGGAGAGGAGACUCGGCGCGUGCACAUCACGCACGAGGUCAGCAGCCUGGACACGCUGCACGCACUGAUCGCGCACAUGUUCCCGCAGAAGCUCACCAUGGGCAUGCUCAAGUCGCCCAACACCGCCAUCCUCAUCAAAGAUGAAGCGCGCAACGUCUUCUACGAACUGGAGGACGUCCGGGACAUCCAGGACCGCAGUAUUAUCAAGAUCUACAGGAAGGAGCCUCUCUACGCUGCUUUCCCUGGCUCACACCUCACCAACGGGGAUCUCCGGAGAGAGAUGGUGUAUGCAUCGCGGGAGUCGUCACCCACACGGCGCCUUAACAACCUGUCGCCGGCGCCGCACCUGACCUCGGGCUCGCCGCCGCCGGGACUGCCGUCGGGGCUGCCGUCGGGGCUGCCGUCGGGGCUGCCGUCGGGCUCGCCCUCGCGCUCGCGCCUCUCCUACGCUGGCGGCCGGCCGCCCUCGUAUGCCGGCAGCCCGGUGCACCACGCGGCUGAGCGGCUGGGAGGCGCCCCGGCCGCCCAGGGCGUCAGCCCCAGCCCCAGCGCCAUCCUGGAGCGGCGCGACGUGAAGCCGGACGAGGACCUGGCGGGCAAGGCGGGCGGCAUGGUGCUGGUGAAGGGCGAGGGGCUCUACGCCGACCCCUACGGGCUACUGCACGAGGGCCGCCUGAGCCUGGCCGCGGCCGCCGGGGACCCGUUCGCCUACCCCGGCGCCGGCGGCCUGUACAAGCGCGGCUCGGUGCGCUCGCUCAGCACCUACUCGGCCGCGGCGCUGCAGUCGGACCUGGAGGACUCGCUCUACAAGGCGGCGGGCGGCGGCCCGCUCUACGGCGACGGCUACGGCUUCCGCCUGCCGCCGUCGUCGCCGCAGAAGCUGGCCGACGUGGCGGCGCCCCCCGGGGGACCCCCGCCGCCGCACAGCCCCUACUCCGGGCCGCCCAGCCGCGGCUCGCCGGUGCGUCAGUCUUUCCGCAAGGACUCGGGGUCCUCGUCGGUCUUUGCCGAGAGUCCAGGGGGCAAGACCCGCAGCGCAGGGGCUUCCUCCACGGCCGGAGCUCCUCCUCCUGAGCUCUUCCCCGGCCCCGGGGAACGCCCCCUCCUCGGGUUCGGGCCUCCGGUGCCAGCCAAGGACACCGAGACCAGGGAGCGCAUGGAGGCCAUGGAGAAGCAGAUUGCGAGCCUCACAGGCCUGGUGCAGAGUGCCCUGCUUCGAGGCUCGGAGCCCGAGACACCCAGUGAGAAGAUUGAAGGCUCCAAUGGAGCGGCCACCCCCUCAGCACCCUGUGGCUCCGGUGGGCGAAGCAGCGGGGCCACCCCAGUGUCGGGGCCACCCCAGCCCUCCGCGGGCAGUGCCUCUGCUGGGCAGCCCACACCCAUCAGCCGUUUGCAGCUGCAGCUCUACCUGCGUGGCCUGCAGAACAGCACCAGCGACCUGCGCAGCCAACUCCAGCAACUGCGCAAGCUUCAGCUCCAGAACCAGGAGUCGCUGCGCGCGCUGCUGAAGGGCACGGAGGCGGAGCUGAGCAUGCGCGUGUCGGAGGCGGCGCGGCGGCAGGAGGACCCGCUGCAGCGACAGCGCACCCUGGUGGAGGAGGAGCGGCUGCGCUACCUCAACGACGAGGAGCUCAUCACUCAGCAGCUCAAUGACCUGGAGAAGUCGGUGGAAAAGAUCCAGAGGGACGUGUCCCAUAACCACCGGCUGGUGCCCGGGCCCGAGCUGGAGGAGAAGGCGCUGGUGCUGAAGCAGCUCGGGGAGACGCUGACCGAGCUCAAGGCUCACUUCCCGGGCCUGCAGAGCAAGAUGCGGGUGGUGCUGCGCGUGGAGGUGGAGGCCGUGAAGUUCCUGAAGGAGGAGCCACAGCGCCUGGACGGGCUGCUCAAGCGCUGCCGCGGGGUCACGGACACGCUGGCCCAGAUCCGCAGGCAAGUGGAUGAGGGAGUGUGGCCACCCCCCAACAACCUCCUGAGUCAGUCCCCCAAGAAGGUGGCGGCUGAGAGCGACUUUGGCAAGAGCUUGGACUUUGAGAUGCCUCCGCCCAGUCCCCCAGUGCACCUCCAUGAGCUGAGCGGGCCGGCCGAGGGACCCCCGGUUCUCCCCAAGGGAGGCAACCCCGGCAAAGGCCUCGACGCUCCUGGCAAGAGAAGCGUGGACAAGGCAGUAUCUGUGGAGGCUGCCGAGCGCGACUGGGAGGAGAAGCGAGCGGCCCUGAGUCAGUACAGCGCCAAGGACAUCAACCGCCUGCUGGAAGAGACACAGGCCGAGCUGCUGAAGGCCAUCCCUGACCUGGACUGCGCCGGCAAGGCCCACCCGGGCGCGGCCCCCACCCCUGACCACAAGCCCCCCAAGGUCCCCCAUGGCCAGAAAGCAGCGCCCCGAACGGAGCCCAGCGGGAGGAGGGGCUCAGACGAGCUCACAGUACCCCGAUACCGCACAGAGAAGCCCUCCAAGUCCCCCCCGCCGCCCCCACCCCGCCGGAGCUUCCCCUCCUCCCACGGACUGACGACCACGCGCACCGGCGAGGUGGUGGUCACCAGCAAGAAGGACUCGAACUUCAUCAAGAAGGCCGAAUCGGAGGAGCUGGAGGUGCAGAAGCCACAAGUGAAGCUGCGUCGAGCCGUGUCGGAGGUGGCUCGCCCCGCCUCCACGCCACCCAUCAUGGCCUCAGCCAUCAAGGACGAGGACGACGAGGACCGCAUCAUCGCCGAGCUGGAGAGCGGCGGUGGCAGCGUGCCCCCCAUGAAGGUGGUGACUCCGGGGGCCUCGCGGCUGAAGGCGGCACAGGGUCCGGCGGGCAGCCCCGACAAAGGCAAACACAGCAAGCAGCGGGCGGCCGAGUACAUGCGGAUCCAGCAGCAGGCCACUAAACCAUCUAAAGAAAUGAGCGGGUCGAAUGAGACCUCGAGCCCAGUCUCAGAAAAGCCCUCGGCUUCCAGAACCUCCAUUCCCGUAUUGACUUCCUUUGGGGCGAGGAAUUCUUCCAUCUCCUUCUAGAAGGCCCCUCACACUCCCACCCCAGCCUGUCCCCCCUCACCCCUGCCAUCUCUCCCCCUGCACUUUGUCCCCUCAUCUCCCCACACCCCACCCCAUUCUCCAGGACCCUCCUUAGGGUGGGCCACAGGCAUGGCCCCCCCCUAUAUACCAUCCCCUGGGGGUGUUUUUGGUUUUUUUGAAAGCAUUCUCUUUCAAUUAUCUUUUUUUUUUUUUUAAUAAAAAAGUAAAAGACAAAACAGUCAAACUAAAAGCCAAAACACACCACCUUCCCUUGACUUCCUGUUCCGGAAGGGCCCUCUUCCGGUCCUUAUCCCUGCCUUUCUCUCCCCCACUCUUCCUCCAUGUCCAUCCCCAAGUCCCCGCCCUCCUUCCCACCCGCCUUCCCUGACCUUCCCAAGAGCUCUUCAAACAACUGAGCCACGGAGCCUUGGAGCGCAGAGACACCCUCUCCCCUUCCUCGGAAACCUACCCACAGGACUCCCCGGACAAUGGAUUGGCUGCAAAAUGGGGUGCAUUGCUGGGAGACUGGCCCUGGAGGUGCCCCAGCCCUCCCGCCUGGAGCCUGGAAGUGAUGGAACUCUGGGCUCCCUGCCUGAGGGGCCCCUGGCU